UGGAUCUUGCGACGGGUGAGUAACGCUCUCACACACACACACACACACUAGUUUUGAUUUCAAUCGGAAAAAAUGGCGCAGAAGCUUAACUUGGCAGCUAAUCUCGCCGUCCCUCCGGUCACCCACCGCUCUAGUUUCCCCUCCACCUUCACCUUCGGCGUUGCCACUUCCGCUUACCAGAUUGAAGGAGGUUGGAAUGAAGGUAAGAAAGGACCAAGUAUAUGGGAUAAGUUCACUCAUCUUGAAGGGAAGAUUCUUGAUGGGUGUAAUGGUGAUGUGGCUGUUGAUCAUUACCAUAGAUACAAGGAAGACAUUGAACUUAUUGGACAGUUAGGAUUCAGUGCUUACAGAUUUUCUAUAUCUUGGUCUCGCAUUUUUCCUGAUGGCUUGGGAACUGAAGUCAAUGAAGAAGGCAUUGCUUUCUACAACAAUCUUAUCAAUGGACUUCUUGAAAAAGGUAUUCAGCCGUUUGUAACUCUAUACCAUUGGGAUCUUCCAUCACAUCUCCAGGACGCAAUCGGAGGUUGGACAAAUAGGAAAAUUGUCGAUUAUUUUGGCCUAUAUGCAGAUGCUUGUUUUGCUAAUUUUGGUGAUAGAGUGAAGCACUGGAUUACAAUAAAUGAACCUCUUCAGACCUCAGUGAAUGGACACUGUAUUGGUAUAUUUGCACCAGGAAGAAAUGAGAAGCCGUUGAUCGAACCAUAUUUGGCUUCGCAUCAUCAGGUUUUGGCUCAUGCAACUGCUGUUUCCAUAUAUAGAAGCAAGUACAAGGAAAGUCAGGGUGGACAAAUUGGUUUGUCAGUUGAUUGUGAGUGGGCUGAGCCAAACUCAGAGAAACUAGAGGACAAGGUUGCUGCAGAUAGGCGAAUCGACUUUCAACUUGGAUGGUUCUUGGAUCCUUUGUUUUUUGGAGACUAUCCUGCAAGUAUGCGCCAGAAACUUGGAGAGAAUCUCCCUACAUUUACUCCAGAAGAAAAGGAGUUAAUGCUUCAGAACUCAUGGGACUUUCUUGGCGUAAACCACUACACCUCGAGAUUGAUUUCUCAUGUCUCAAACGUAGAAGCUGAAAGUGACUAUUACAGUGCACAAGAAAUGGAGAGGGCUGUUGAAUACGAAAAUGGAGAGCCAAUAGGUGAAAGGGCUGCUUCGGAUUGGCUUUAUGUUGUGCCUUGGGGAAUCCGAAAGACUUUGAAUUACAUCAGCAGAAAAUACAACCACCCUCCUAUAUAUAUUACUGAGAAUGGUAUGGAUGAUGAAGAUGACGGAUCUGCCUCUAUUCAUGAUAUGCUCGACGAUAAGCGUAGAGUUGCCUAUUUCAAGAGUUACCUUGCCAAUGUCUCUCAGGCUAUCAUAGAUGGAGUGGACAUAAAGGGAUACUUUGCGUGGUCGUUGCUGGACAACUUCGAGUGGGCGCAAGGGUACACCAAGAGAUUUGGUUUGGUAUAUGUAGACUACAAGAACGGUUUAACCCGUCACCCGAAAUCUUCUGCUUAUUGGUUCAUGAAGUUUCUGAAAGGUGAUGAAGAAAACAAAGGUAAAAAGGAUUGAAAAAACAGAUAAAGAAAAGGACAACCAAAGCUACUACUACAUUUACAUGAAUUGCGUUGUGAUGUUAUAGCUUUUUGUACCAAAUAGAUAUAUUAGUUGAUGAUGAUGGUAUAGAGGAGCUAUAUUACAAACCUACUGGCUUGGGCUACUCUUUGGUUUCAAACUCAUUUUCUGAUUAAAGUUUUCGAUCUUUUUACA